AUGCGGGGCCUAGUCACUCAAUACAUAGAAGAGAAGCAAGACGCGGUGGAGCUAACAUCGGUUAGAAAAGACGGGAAUGAAGACUCAGUCGAGGGGACCAAGAUAGUGCAAGAAAUUAAGAAAAGACACCAUAGUAAGGGAAAAAGACAGAGCGCAGGAAGAAGCAGAGGGAUGACUGUGCGAGAAAAGGCAAAAAGCAUAAGCAACACGCCUGUUCCCACAGUAAGUGAUGAAAAGUCUGGAGUAAAGAAGCCGUUUUUCGGGAUCUUUGGCGAAAUAGACAUUAAUGACGGCACCUAUUUAGUCUAUAUAAAAGAAAGAAGAGUGGCUGGAAAGCUAAAAGGAAAGGAUGUAUACGAGGUGCUUGAGUGCGGGAGCAUAUGCAUAGAUGGGCUGGAUGACCCGCAGAUGAAAGAGGUGUUCAAUGAGUUUUUUAAGAUGCCUGGCCUGUUCUUCUCAGAGUAUCCGCUAGGAAACGUUGGGUCUCUUCUAAAGGAGAACACGGAUUUUAUUUACAACUUCAUACCGCUCUCAAAAUUUAGGCAGAACAACCCCAAGGCGUGCGAGUUUGGGGUGGAGCUCAUCCAAGGAUUCUUUGGGCAGGCAAGUCUUUCUGGAGAAGUAAAUCUGGAGUGCACUCUUAUAAGUAGAAGAUCCUGGAGAAAUGCAGGAACCCGCUAUUAUGCGAGGGGCUCAGACCCAAAUGGGGAUGCUGCCAACACAGUAGAAACACUGCUGAUUGCAGAGACAGAAGAGAAUUCUUAUGAGUUUCUGCAGUGCAGAGGGUCUAUUCCUUUGUCCUGGGAGCAAAAAAUCGAUUUGUCGUAUAAGCCACCCAUUAAAAUGGGAAGCUCAGACCUAAGCAGACAUUUGUUCUCAAAGCACUUGAGUGUUUUGCAAAGAAGGUAUGGAAGAUAUUUCUUUGUCACUUUGCUAGACACUAAAGGCCAUGAGAGAGAGCUGAACAGCAAAUUUAUAGCCUCUCUAAAGGAGACAGGAUGCAUGUAUCUAGCAGUAGACUACCAUAAGAUGGUGAAAAACUCAGAGGAAAAGAAAGAGUUCAAGAAAAGCCUAAAGGAGGUGCUAUCGAAUCGAUGCAUAGCAAGAACAAACUGCGUUGACUGCUUAGACCGAACAAACGUGGUCCAAUCGCAGCUUGCGAAGAUUCGGCUAGUAGAGCUGCUUGGGCUCACCGGGAUUUUAAAAAACGGAGACAUUCUUGACAUCGACGACUAUUUAAGCGAGAGCUCAGUUAAAAAGUUUGGCCAGCUCUGGAAUAGCAAUGCAAACAUGCUCUCCAUGCAAUACACAGGAACCAUAGCGCUGAAGAACGACCUGACAGAGCACGGCGUGCGAACCAUAAAGGGCCUGAUCCAGGAUGCGAUAAGCAGCGGGAAAAGGUAUGUCAACAACAACUUUACAGAUGGAAGAAUGCAGGAGAUUAUUGAAGUUAUUACAGGAGUACGAAAUGUAUUGGGAAACUCUACUAGGGGGGAUCGAAAAAUAGGAAUAUAUGUGGCUGUGUGGGCCGUGCUUAUUUCUUGUUUAUAUAGGCAUAGCACAAGUGCAGGAACGGCAGGUUUAGUAUGUUUCAUGGUUUUAUUUAGAAGUAUGCUUUUCUUCUGCUUAUCCUUUCCAUCUCCCCAACCCAAAGCCAAAUUUCAGAAGACAAAAAGAGGUUGA